GGGGGCCGCUCUCCUCCUCGGCAGGCGGGGUAGGCAGGGGCUGCGGCGCUGCUCUCCGAAGAGGCCGAGGGAGCUGCGGAAGCAGAGGCCGCCCGAUGGUGCUGCAGAGCGGCCCGGGAGAGGCAGGGCGGCGGCGGCUGCCCCGGAGCCUGGCUGCCCUGCUCCUGCUCCUGGCUCUGGGGCACACCUGGACCUACCGGGAGGAGCCCGAGGAGCGCGACAGGGAGGUUUGUUCCGAGAACAAGAUCGCCACCAGCCGGUACCCGUGCCUGAAACCCAGCGGCGAGCUGGCCACCUGCUUCAGGAAAAAAUGCUGUAAGGGUUAUAAAUUUGUUCUUGGACAAUGCAUCCCCGAAGACUACGAUGUGUGUGCAGAAGCUCCGUGUGAACAGCAGUGCACAGAUAACUUUGGACGUGUCCUUUGUACAUGUUAUCCUGGAUAUCGGUAUGACCGUGAGAGACACAGGAACAGAGAGAAACCCUACUGCCUAGAUAUCGAUGAGUGUGCCACAAACAAUGAGACUCUCUGCUCUCAAAUCUGUGUCAACACCUUGGGCAGUUACAGAUGUGAAUGUCAUGAAGGCUAUAUCCGAGAAGAUGACGGGAGGACUUGCACCAAAGGAGACAAAGCUGGGCUUUCUGAGAAGGCUGACAACGUGGUGAAAGCAGGAACCUGUUGUGCCUCUUGUAAGGAAUUUCAUCAGAUAAAGCAGACGGUUUUACAACUAAAGCAAAAGGUUGCUUUGCUACCAAACAACGCUGCGGACCUUAGCAAACAAAUCACUGGUGAAAAGGUGCUUGCAUCUAAUGCCUAUAUACCAGGCCCCCCUGGGCAACCAGGACACCAAGGCCCUCCAGGGGCCCCGGGACCAAAAGGAAGUCCAGGAUUUCCUGGCUCACCUGGACCUCCAGGCCAACCAGGUCCUAGAGGAUCAAUGGGACCCAUUGGACCAUCGCCUGAUAUAUCACAUAUUAAGCAGGGCAGACGGGGCCCAGUGGGUCCGCCGGGGGCACCAGGGAGAGAUGGUACCAAGGGGGAGAGAGGAGCACCAGGACCGAAAGGGCCACCUGGCCCACCAGGCUCAUUCGAUUUUCUGUUGCUGAUGAUGGCAGACAUCAGAAAUGACAUUGCUGAGCUGCAGGAGCGAGUGUUUGGACACAGGACUCACUCAUCAGCAGAGGAGUUUCCAUUACCUCAGGAAUUUACAAACUAUCAUGACACAGUAGACUUUGGCUCUGGAGAGGACUACAAGCAAAGGAUUGCACCCAAAGACUCUAGGAUGCACAAAACAGCCCAUCAUUAGCUAGGUUUGGUUAUAUAUAGCAAAGAGAGAUGUUCAGAGUUGUAUAAUAUAAAAAUGCACUGAUGAUGUAAAAUAUAUAGAUAAUUUUCCAGUUUUCUCUUUUCUUAGUCCCCAUGUACUGUAGCUUUCUCUAUUUACAGAGACAUCUACUAGUGGUGGUUACAUACAUUCCAGCCUUUGUCAGUUUUUGUGCUUCGUGUAUGUAGACAUUAUUGUAAUAGAAAUUAGUUGGCUAAGUGUCAGUCCGAAGUGUCAUACAAUGAGGGCUAAGGUAAAGCUGGGGGAUGUGUGUGUCCUAAAACUACUUCUGCUUGUCCCUUAAAAAUACCCCACUGCUCAUCCAGUGUAGGCAGUCAGAUCUAGUCAGCAAUAGAUUUCUGGCUGUGCAAUGAGAGAAUAUGGUCUAUAUGUGAUGUGGGGGUGGGUAAGGAAGCAGGAAAUUUACUAAGAGGAAGAACUGGUGUGAAUGAGACAAGUUUGCUGAUUCACACAGAUAAAAUCAACCAACCCUUGGUGGUGGCAAAAUGACUGUCAGGUUCAGUUAUCUGAAAGGAGUGGCAAUAUACAUUGUGGAUGACUUGGGGUACACUAACUGAUUCUGAUCUCACUUACACCCGUGAAAGUCAUCCCAUUGAAUUCAACAGUGAUACACUGAUGUAUAUGAGAUCAGAAUGAGGCCGAAUGUUUGCAAAAGAAUUUUCAUCCAAGUUGUUUCUACCGACUAGCACUAGCAUCUGCUGUCUGAGUUGAAGGUAACUGACAUUCUUCUAAGUGUAAUAUGUCACAAGAAUCUUUGACUCAGUAUAUAAUGAAGAGCAGUGAAUAAAGGAGUACAUAUGACCAAACACUGUCGCUGGUGCUUGGGAUGGCAUGGGUGAACUCUGGAGAAAGUCACGUCACUGUCCUGGGGCCAGAGAGAAAAUCGUUGUUUGAAAGCGGGAUUGAAGAAUUAACAGGGAACUCAUUCCUCACACCUUUCCAUACUGAAAAGUUGGAUCGACAAGUUAGCGUACCCCUAGUCAUCUAUAACGUAUAUUACCUCUCCGGGAAGAUUCCUGAACCUGGCAGGCACUUUGCCACCAUUAUAGUCUACACAGUUUUUCCAGUGUAUUAAGCACAAGCAUUUUAUUUGCAUGGUUCCUCUUCCUACAGUACUUGUAGUGUUAAGACAGCUUCCCUGUGACAAAUGCAAAAGAAAACCCCUCAUUGCUCCACUUCAUCUCCAGGGCUUGUAUGUUCUCCCUGGAGCAAGUAUGGACAGUGAUAUAAAAGUAUGGACAGUGAUAUAUAUAUAAGCAGCACCUUUCCAAGAUGCGUGGGUUGGUUGGGGCUUUUUUGGGGGGAGGAGGGGGGUCUCCUUUCAUGUCUCCCUUCCAGAGGGCAAUUACUGUAAUUCCUAUGCCAGUAGUACUGUCCAUGUUGGCUACCCUGCAAUUAAAAAGCCCUGGCUGGUCCAUGCCAGCUGACUCGGGCUCGCAGGGCUCAGGCUAAGGGGCUUUUUAAUUGCAGUGUAGAUAUUCAGGCUCAGGCUGGUGCCUGGGCUCUAGGAUCCUGCUUGGUGGGAGAGUCCCAGAGCUCAGGCUGAACCCCGAGCCUGAACGUCUACACCACAGUUAGCCCGAGUCAGCUGUAACAGGCCAGUCACAGGUGUCUAAUUGCAGUAUAGACAUACCCCUACUAUAUUAACCAUGUAGUUCAAACUCUUAAUAUUAGCCCUGCAGUGUGUCAGCAAAGGAGCAGGGAAUCUCAGGAAAUCUUGAAAUUUGCGAAAUUUCUUUGCAAAUUAUCCUCAGAUACCUUUUCAAUUCCUUCCUAUGGGUAUAUUUCUGCAGAUCAUAUGCAAUAUGUUUUUUCUUCAUUCCUGUUUUCUUGAUCUUUUGUAUAUAUCCCAAAUUAAAAAGAACUGACUACAUAAUCAGUAAAGGUUAGGCUAAUUACAGUAGCUCAUGGACCUUCAAUGCUCUGAAGAGUUUUGUGAGCUGCAGAUUGAAAUAUUUUGAGAACCAAGCAGUGGGGGUUGGGGUUGUGGGAAGGAAGGUGUGUCCAGAAAUGGAAUAAUCUUUGAGUCACCAUAAUGGAAGACCUAAACUAGUGUUAGGUGAGCUGUAUAUGGCCCAUUUAGGGCUUGUGUUCACUUAUCAGGGAAUGGACAUGUGGUGAAUCAAUCCACCAGGGGUUGAUUUAGUGGGUCUAGUGAAAACCCACUAAAUCAACCACCAGUUGCUCUCCCGUCGACUCUUGUACUCCACUGGAAUGAGAAGCAUAAGGUAAGUCAAUGGGAGAGUUUCUCCCAUUGACCCAGUGUGGUGUGAACACCGCAGUAAGUCGAUCCAAAGUACGACAAUAUUCACGUAGCUGGAGUUGUGUAACUUAGGUUGACUUAGCCCUGUAGUGUAGACCUACCCUUAGUUAAUUUCAUGGAGGUAACUAUUUAUAGUCACAAUCUUAAACUGUAUAUAUACCCAUACAUACAAUUAUGUCAUGCACUUAAUCUGCUGGAUCAGGUUGAUAUUCUCCAUGCAUUAAUAACCUGCAGGGUUUUUUGGAACAUAAACUACUGAACAGGAUGUUUUGGAAAUCAAUCAAGAUUUUUUCCCACCACAGAAAAUGUGAUCUAAAAUAAGGCAUUGGUUUUAGUUCUCGGCUUUGUUUUUUCAGUUCUAGGAAAACAGAAAAUUAAAGCUUCUGGACACCCAAAGGGACAGAUUGCCCUGGUGUGCAGCAAUACCCAUGGGAGGAGAACUCUGACCCUGAAUCAGGAAGUUGCUUAAACACAUGCCUAACUUUAAGUGUGCAAGUAGUCCCAUUGACAUCUAUGACAUAUGUUUAAGUACCUUCCUGAAUCUGGGCCUUAGUAAGGUUCCCCUAGUGGAAUGUCCAUCAUGUCACUCCAAUUGGUUGGGCACAAGGUUUUCUGCAGGCCCUUGUCCCCAGUGGAACAGGCAUGGGGAAGAGCCCCCACAACCUGUGUAUAGGGCUCUUCCAGGGGCCAAGGCCAUCCAUGCCUCUCCCACUCAUGCCUCUCCAGCCCAGAAGAUAGGGUUGGAAGAGACCUCAGGAGGUCAUCUAGUCCAACCCCCUUCUCAAAGCAGGACCAACCCCAACUAAAUUAUCCCAGCCAGAGCUUUGUCAAGCCAGGCCUUAAAAACCUCUAAGGAUGGAGAUUCCACCAGUUCCCUAGGUAACCCAUUCCAGUGCUUCACCACCCUUGUAGUGAAAUAGUUUUUCAUAAUUUCCAACCUAGACCUCCCCCACUGCAACUUGAGACCAUUGCUUCUUGUUCUGUCAUCUGCUACCACUGAGAACGGCCCAGCUCCAUCCUCUCUGGAACCCCCCUUCAGGUAGUUGAAGGUUGCUAUCGAAUCCCCCCUCACUCUUCUCUUCUGCAGACUAUAUAAGCCCAGUGCCGUCAGCCUCUCCUCAUAAGUCAUGUGCCCGAGCCCCCUAAUCAUUUUCGUUGCCCUCCGCUGGACUCUCUCCAAUUUGUCCACAUCCCUUCUGUAGUGGGGGGCCCAAAACUGGAUGCAAUACUCCAGAUGUGGCCUCACCAGUGCCGAAUAGAGGGAAAUAAUCACUUCCGUCGAUCUGUUGGCAAUGCUCCUACUAAUGCAACCCAAUAUGCUGUUAGCCUUCUUGGCAACAAGGGCACACUGUUGACUCAUAUCCAGCUUCUCAUCCACUGUAAUCCCCAGGUCCUUCUCUGCAGAACUGCCCCUUAGCCAGUCGGUCCACAGCCUGUAGCGGUGCAUGGGAGUUUUCUGUCCUAAGUGCAGGACUCUGCACUUGUCUUUGUUGAACCUCAUCAGAUUUCCUUUGGCCCAAUCCUCCAAUUUGGCUAGGUCACUCUGGACCCUAUCCCUACCCUCCAGCAUAUCUACCACUCCCCAUAGCAUAGUGUCAUCCGCAAAUUUGUUGAGGGUGCAAUUCAUCCCAUCAUCCAGAUCAUUAAUGAAGAUGUUGAAUAAAACCGGCUCCAGGUCCGACCUUAGGGAACUCUGCUUGAUACUGGCUGCCAACUAGACAUGGAGCCAUUGAUCACUCCCCGUUGAGCCCAACAAUCUAGCCAGCUUUCUGUCCACCUCAUCUGUGGCAGCCCAGUUCUGGGGAAGCUAUGCUGAAUGGGCUUCCCUUUUUGGCCACUCCCUUUGUGGCAUCCUUAAAAGGAGGGUAACCAUGGAAAAUGUUACGUGGCCUAAGGUGUUACUUCUUGAGCAAACACGCUGUAGAUCUCUGGGGUAGGAGAUUUAACUGAGCAAUACUUCUGGUCUCAUCCUUGGGCUUCCUUCUCCCCCUGCCCCGCCCCACCACAGAUUCACAACCCCACAGAGGGCCUUGGUUGGGUCCUAGGGACUUGGGGGAUGGUGCUAUUGAGCAAGGUCUGCCAUUUUCACGUUGCAGCAGGAGUUCCUCUGGCAGCGUGACCUCUUCUGGGAUGAUCUAGCCCUAGGUGUGCUUACAGAGCAGAGAUCUUUGGGAGGGACUUUUCUUCUUAUAUUUUCAGUUAACCAUAUGAUAGUUUUCACAAUAAAGGAGUUGUAGCAGAAAUUGUUCAGUUUAGGAUUCUGAGAGAGAGACUUAUAUACAUACACACGCCCACAAAUCCUCAGAGAAAAAGGUAAGGUAUUAGGUAUUUUCUGUGACCUACCUGAAGCACUAAAAAUCCAGAUAAGAUAAAUCGAUUCAAGACGAGGCUUUUUAAAUUGUAAAUUACUUACUCCUUUAUAAUUCUUAAAAUAACAAAAAAAAAACAACCAAGUUCCCAACAUAUGGAUACAGCAACAGUCACCCUUCUGGCUAGUUUCAUUACUUAGUCUCAUGCACAUGACAACUUUUGUUUCAUCUCCUAAAUACCAUGUAUAAUUUCAUUAGAAAGAAAUAUUAUUUUGAUGAAUUAAAAAUGUGCUAAGUUUAAAAGAGAAGGAUACUAAGGUGAAAAGUUCAUUAUUUUAUUAAUAUUGGAAAUAAAUAUUUAAUUGAAACAUUUUCAGACAUAUGUAGUAAUGGGCAGAAUUCAUAUUGUUAAUGGGUUGGUAUUAGUUUUUAACAAAAUUAGAUCAACAAAGCUGGAAGAAAUUUUUGAGUCUCCCAACAGUGUACAAAGUCAAUAUGAGAUUAGCCAUUCGUGUAAAGCUGGAAUAGUAGAGCAAAAAGUACGGUCUGAAAAUGUCCAGUGUAGUCAUGGUAAAUCAGAAAACCAGGGGGAAAAAAGAAGUUGAAGUAGUGUUCAAGUAAUAGCUUGUUGUAUCAUAGUGUAAAAGAGUCUCUAAUCAAGUCUCUUCCUGGUUGUAUUUCAUAGUUUAUAAAUUAGAACCCCACUGAUGUCAUGGCAGAUGAGCAUUGGGUCCAUGAAUUUGUUUUUAAUUUGCCAGGACUCACAAUUUUGUUCCAGUUAUACAUUUUUUACACUGCUCAUGUUAUUUAUAAUAAGUAUAUGAAAUACUAAGAUGCGUAUAAAAAUGAUUAUAUGAUGUACUCUUAAUAACAAAGAUAUUUUUCUUAUGCUGUU